UCUACAGGAACUUCUGUGGUAAAAGCAAAAAAAUUCCACUGAAACCAGAUGAUACAAAGCUGUGUGCAUGUCCUGUGGCUGCUCAUUACUGACCCUCAUUAAGAGUGGUACACUGCUCUCUGUAUUUCGUUCUGAAUGGAAACUGCUGAGUUCUAUUACGUUUAUUACUUGGCUCAAGAUUAUCUGCAAUAUGUGCUUCAGGAAUCACAUCUUGGACCAGCCCAAACCAGGGUUGCUCAUGUCUUGCGAAACAUUGCAUCUUCGCUGCAAGAUCAAACCGAGGAGGCUCUCAGACCAUUCUUGGACAGGAUUGAUAUUACUUCUGUAGCUGUGGCCAAGAGAAUUUUCAAUGGUGUCAUGGAAGAAAAAUUUGCUGAUGGAAAUACUAACUGGGGACGAAUUAUGACCAUAUUUACCUUUGGAGGUCUUCUCACUAAGAAGCUUCAAGAGCAUGGAGUUCAGCUCACUGGAGAGGAGAAGGAGCAGAUUUCUUAUUUCAUCACAGAGUACAUAAUAAACAACAAAGCCGAAUGGAUAGAUGCGAAUGGUGGCUGGGAAAAUGGCUUCCUAACAAAGUUUGAAAGAAGAUCACUACUAUCUUUCUCCAAAAUCACAGCCAUGUUCAUAGCUGUUUUUUCCUUGCUCAGAGAGUACUACUGAAAUAAAUGGACCUGCCAUUCAUGUAUAAUCUAGAUAUUGCCACAAGCUUCAUUACUAAGCUUUCCUCCAAGCAAUAUCAACAAGAAAAUAAUUUUCUUCCAUAAUUUGUUUUUAAUUUAUUUGUAUUUAUUUUUACUAAAUACAAUGUUUAACAUGCUAUCCUAAUUGCCAAACCUGAAGAUGAGGUCCCUCCCAAGAGGAAUCGACACAGCAUCAUGCAGCAAUUCAAGUCACCCUUUCCAGGCAGGACUGCUUCAAGAGAGAGAUCAUUCUCCACAUCCAGACAGCUCCUGGAAUCUCUGUUGCACCUCCAUGAAAGGACAUUGUUUUACUGAAAUACAAUCCAAUGGGUUAAGAAACAAGUUAUAAUGUCAUUUGUUUUGUAAAUGAAAUACUACUGUAAUGCAUUUUAUUGCAACCUUUGCAUAAGCAAAAGGGGGAAGUCUCUGUGAGGAAAAAGGAAAUGCAAAUUCCAAUGUAAAAGUGGAUAAAAGUUACUGAUACAGACUAAGCAAUUUUUAUGCAAAGAACAAUUUGUGGAAGCUAGCAACUUAAAAAUGUGCACUCACUGUUAAUGCAAUCGUAUGUGUUUCUUUGUUGUAUUUUUUUAAUUGCUCAUAUAUACAGUGAAUGUUCUUUCAAAUUUGUGUAAUGCAGUCAUCUGGCUGAACUUUUUUUAAACUAUAUGUUUCAAAAUAGGCAAGUACAAAAUAUUUUUAAAAAGAGAAAUCUGUGUAAAUACACUAAUAUUUUUAAAAAAUACAUUAAAAUAUGUAUUUUAAA